UGGACUAUAACCUGGUGUCGUGUGACUUUUGACUUUGUCCACCUCAAUCCAAUACUGGUACCUCCGCAUCAUGAAUAGGAAGGAUAUAGAGGGAUAUGGGCCAUAUAUUGGCAAAGAGGACUAGAUUACCUGAGGAUAUCUAGUCGGCAUGGACAAGUUGGAUUGAAGGUUCUGUUUCUAUGCCGUACAACUCAAUGAUUGUAUUAGGGGGACGGUCCGAAUGGGGAUCCGGGAGGAUCUGUGUGGAGGUCAGGGUCUUUCAGAUGCAUGCUAUUCAAAAACAGAGGGAGACAGAAAGCAGGAAACUAUAGACCGGUUAGUUUAAUAUCUGUCAUUGGGAAAUUGUUAGAAUCCAUUAAGUAAGUAAGAACAGGACUUUUUGAAAGACAAAAUAGAAUCCAUCAGAGUCAGCAUGGUUUAAUGAGGAGUAAAUCAUGUUUGACUACUUUGGUAGAGUUUAUCGAAGAUGUAACCAGCAAAGUGGAUAAUAGGGAUCCUGUAGAUGUGGUGUAUCUAGAGGCAUUUGAUAAGGUGUUGCCCAAAAGCUUAUUGCACAAAGUAAGAUCACAUGGAGUUGGGGUAAUUUAUUAGCUUGGAUGGAAGAUUGGCUAACCAACAGAAAGCAGAAAGUUGGGAUAAAUGGGACUUUCUCUGGUUGGCAACACAUAACUGGAGAGGUCCCACAGGAUUCGGCCCUUGGGCCUCAACUAUUCACAAUCUAUAUUAAUGACUUGGAUGCAGGGAUAGAAAAUACUAUAAACAAAUUUGCAAAUGACACUAAAAUAGUUGAAAUAGUAAGAUGCAAUAAAGAAAUAAGAAGUUCACAAUUGGAUAUGGAUAGGGUAGGUGAAUGGGCCAAAAUCUAGCAGAUGGAGACAAUAAGGACUGCAGAUGCUGGAAGCCAGAGUCUAUGGGUGUGAGGCUGGAAAAGGAUAGCAGGUCGGAUACCAUCCAACGAGCAAGUAAGUCAAUGUUUCAGGCCAAAACCCUUCAUCAGGACAGUCCUGACGAAGGGUUUCGACUGGAAGCGUUCUCCUCGGAUGCCGUCUGACCUGCUAUACUUUUCCAGCCUCACACAUUUAGCAGAUGGUGUUUAACAUGAAUAGUUAUGAGGUCAUCCAUUUUGGUUGGAUGAUUUGAAAGACAACUUAAUAUCCAAAUGGAGAGAAACUUCAGUGCGCUUUGGUGCAGAGAGAUCUGAGUGUCCUUAGACAUGAAUCACCGAAAUCAAACUUCAGCAAGGUUAGUUGCAGGGCUCUCACUCGGUCAGCUGCUGUGGCCAGAUUAUAGACCCUCACACUUCAUCAUGGCAGCCGAUGACCAAUUCUUCUCAGAGGAAGACACAUGUCCAAUUUACCGGGGUCCAUCGGAUCGUUUCGGAUCACAUAUCGAGUAUAGCCCUGACGGGGAUAACCGCUAUUCUCCGCAAACUCUCAUUGGAAAAUGGUUUGAAGAGAGGAUUGGGAUCAAUGAAAUUAGGAAACUGAAGCCUUUGACAUCACAGUAUGAAUAUGUCUAUCGCACAAUAUAUGGGGAUUCAUAUAACAAGGAAGAGAAGCGACAUGAAUUUUUUGAAACAGAGCCACAUAUUUAUCCUACACACCAGCCAGAAUUGGACCCUCCUCAUACCAAACUAUUCCCGAAAACCUGUUACAUGCUAGACUAUGUGGAUCCUGCACUCUUAAUGUACCCUCCCUGCCCCCCUGAUUUGAACAGGGUGGAGAACGAGCAGUUACAAUAUUGUGGACCCCCUGCUCCAUCAGACGCUGAUGAGACAGCAGAGAAGAAUCAGUUAUGUGGUACUUACAUCUCUUUAAAUCCCAGUUGUCCGACAGAUUCGGAUGCUCUGCAAAACCAGCAGCCAGAAGUGCCAGGAUUUUGUGGAUAUCACCUCCCUACAAAAAUGCCAUUAGGAUUGUGCACAGCUAGAUUUUGUGAGCCAUGCAAGCCUACACCAUUAUCUUCUUCAGGACCAGGUUUGGCAGCAUGUUGCUCAUCCUCCAAUCCCUGAAGCAGUGAUGAACAAUCAGUGAAGAACCAAAAUAAUGAAAACUGCAAGAGAAUUUUAAAAAGACUCUGUUUUCUUUUAGGAGUGAAUUGAAAUGGCUGAAUAAUAAAUAGGGAAUGAUAUACCUGUUGUUCCUCUGUUAUGAGAUUUGUUUAAUGUGUAAACAAUCUUGUGUCUCAGCCCAUGAUCAGCUGUCAGAAACAGAAAAACUAUAGCAAAAUAAUGUGGAAAAUUAUUAAAUCCAUGAUUCAAUACAGUGAGUUAAAUAUCUGCAACAGUUCUAAGUUACUUCAUAAAAAUUCAAAGACGUUUGCAUCUCCACCACCUGUGUUCCUGCAGGAAUAUUGAAAAGGAUUUCAGAAGCUCUUGUUAAAAACUGCAUUAAAUACAAAAGCUUUACCAUUACUACCUGCUUGAAUAUUUGGCCAUUCUAGUUAUUGGAUUACUUCUUAACUAGUGUUCUGAUAUUAAAAUAUGCGAAAGCUAACAUUUGUUUGAUUUUUAUUGAGAAUUUU